AUGUCAUCGAUUUUUACAUAUCUUGCAAUUAUUCUCAGUGCUCUUGUUCUAGGAGUAUCUUGUGCUAAUCAAGGGUCUGUGCAAGUAUGCAAUCGAGGUGCUUAUGUCGCUAAAUGUGGCCUCAAUACACGAACUGCUGAUGGACGUACACGUUCUUAUGAAACUGGAAAAUUUCCAGUAGCACAAUGUUCUACACUUGAACUUCCAUUUGAAGCUGUUUCGGGUCAUAUAUGGUGUGAUAAUUAUGUGUUUAUUGGGGUAACAAAACGCGUUUUUCAAGAAGAUUUUGACACUCCAUCUGUUCGUUGUUAUGAUAUUGGUGGAACAACAUUUCAUCCAUCAAUGUCUCGUACAUGUUAA